CACUAGGUAACUUCUCCGGGAAAUAUGAACUACAAAAAAACAAAUAAACAGCCCUACAGAGAGAGGUUUAGGCAAUGUCUUCUGGACUACACUGAUGAGCGCCUGUGGGAGCAGAGCUAUCUAAAGGCUAAAUGUAAGGAGUUGAAUUUAGAGAAUGAGUAUAAAAGGUAUCAGCUCCGUCUAUGGAUCAGUUACCUCACCGUUUUCUUCCCCUUGUUUAUAAUAGUGAUCGUAGGCAUUGAAUUAGUCGCACUUACUUUCGUCCAGUAUAGGGGAGUUCACUACAUGGAUUUUUUCUUUAAUGGGAUGACAUUACUUAUGGUUACUUCCUUAAUGAGUAUAAAUUUCUAUGAGAGCUUUGUGAGUCGGCACAGAUGGGUUAUGGUGGUCACAUCGGUUUUGUCGGCGUAUACAGUGGUUUUUUUUGAUAUAGCGCAGAACACCUAUUAUUUUUACAAUCACGGCUGGCCGCUUAAUUCUUCGUAUGACGUCUUUGUGCUUUGUAUGAUUUACAUGUUUUUGCCGAUUCCAUCGAUCAGGGGAGCUGCCCUACUAGCCACCUCAGUCAGCAUGGUGUACGUGGCCUACUUUCUGCACUUUAUAGCGUUUGACCAAAAUAACAAGGUGCGAAGUAUUCAUGGCUUGGAUGUGAUAUCCGUCGAUAUAUUCCACUACCUGGGCUUUAACAUGAUGGGCAUAUUCUUCCGCAUCAUGAAUGACACCAUGGUGCGCUCCUCUUUCUUGGACCGACACCAGUUUAUCAAGGAGGAGAUGUGGCUUCGCCACGCCCUGCGACAGGAAUCGAUGCUUGUGGACAGCAUCCUGCCGCCUCAGAUUGCGAAGCCCAUCAAGAAUAGCAUCAAGAACAAGAUCAUGCAGGCCGAAAUCGAGUUUGAACGCUUUAGCAUGGGUGUUUCGAGAAGGUCGGAGAACUUCAUGGCCAUUCAGAUACAUCCGGAUGUCACCAUCCUCUACGCCGACGUGGUGAACUACACCCACCUGACCACGACCCUGACUGUGGAGAAGUUGGUGAAGGUACUGCACGACCUCUACGGAAGAUUCGAUGUGGCUGCCUCCCAAUUUAAGGUGCAGCGCAUCAAGUUCCUGGGCGACUGCUACUACUGUGUGGCGGGUCUGGCGGAACCUGACCCCGAUCACGCCAAGAUGGCGGUGUCCCUGGGCAUUUCCAUGAUUGCCAACAUCCAGGAAGUGAGGGCGGAACGGGGCUUGGAUAUCGACAUGCGCAUAGGGGUCCAUUCGGGGUCUUUGCUUGGAGGUGUCAUGGGAGAGGCCAAGCUACAGUUCGACAUAUGGGGUGCUGACGUGGACAUCGCCAGUCGUCUGGAAGCAACCGGAAAACCGGGCUAUGUGCACGUUAGUGGACGGACCCUAAGUAACUUGAAUACAGGCGACUAUAUAAUAAUGCAGGGCACAGAAAAGGCUCAAAAAGAUCCAGUGCUGCAGAAGCAUCCAAUGAGCACCUAUCUUCUAACCAGCGCAGAAAUCCGAGAUUCCGUCAAAUCCACCGCCAAAGGAGGGCAGGCCCGUGCGAAUCUUAACAUUCACACAUUGGGACCAAAUCGGAACACCCAUAUCGGCAGUUUGGAUUCAGUGUCAGAUGAGUUGCGCGGGGAGUUUGACAAGAUGCCAGUUGGGGGCUUGGACUUUCGAAUCUUAUGCUGCCGCCGAGAUAAAAUUGACAGAGAUGAGGAAGCUAAGCGCCAACUCGGCAAUUUUUGUGUAGCGUUCAGGGACUCAUCUCUGGAAUGGAGCUAUCUGGAACAGCCGGACUUCAUUUUCAAGUCCUCAAUGCUUCUGGCCUGGGGCAUUGGGUGCUGCCUGAUCUACAUCCAGGUCGUGACCAACAAGAUUAUCUGCACCACAUGCAUUGUGAUCGACCUAUUUGCGUUCUCCCUGCUGACCGCCCUUCUUUGCAUCUCGUGGUAUAAGAAAUUGUGUUGGUGGCGAUAUGGAGAAAAUGAUUUCAAAGAUUACAACGAAUUCAGCUGUAAGAUUUUCCACCUGUUCGAGAAGAUUCAGCACAGUUUUGUCCUGCGCAUUACUGUCUAUAUAAUGAUAAUAGUAUGCUAUUACAUGGUGAUCUUUCUAAUAUUGAUAAACUGUGACCAAAGCCAAUAUGAGCUGGACUUCAUUGAGAGCAAACUCUUUCACUAUGAAAUGGAUCGGGACAGCUGCUUCCAUCCGUGGGCCUUCACGAACAUGAUGGCACUUGUCAUUGGCAUGAGCUACACCUUCGCACGAAUUCCUUUCGCCCUCAAGACAAUCAUCGGCUGCUGCGAGGCUGUGGUCUACCUGCUCAUCGUGAGUUUUCAGUACGUUUUCAUUUUCCAGCACAGUUCCACAACGACACCGUAUUUGAGGGCGGAAAUAGCUCAUUGUACUCGGGUGUGCAUGAUGCUGAUUACCAUGUACGCCAAGGAGCGUCAGUCGGAGUUCAACACAAAAAUGAACUACAAGCUCAACGUGGAUUUGCAAAAAAAGCAAAAGGCGGCCGAUGUAACCAACCAGUCAAUUAUAAUUCUUCUAAAUAACAUUCUUCCUUCUCAUGUUGUCGAGCUCUAUCUCAAUUCAGUAGCCAACCACGAACUCUACUAUGAAAAUUAUCGAAUGGUAUCUGUCAUGUUCGCAAUGUUAAUAAAUUUUCAAAUGGAUUUGCCCAGCUUACGAGUGCUAAACGAUAUUAUAACAGAGUUCGAUAGAUUGCUGACUUCCUAUAAGGAUUAUUACUCGGUUGAGAAAAUCAAGGUCGUUGGUUGCACUUAUAUGGCAGCUUGUGGAUUAGAUUAUAACCUGGCCUCCAAAAUUCGAAACACUGAUCUUCGCAGUAGCUCAUACCAAUGUGAAAUGGAUCGGGUGCGGAGUCGACAAACGUCGAUGUCAAUCGACUUUGACGCCAACAGGAACCAAGAGGUGAUCUUUAUGAUGACCACGUUCGGCCUGGACCUGAUGCGAACUCUGUCGGUGUGCAAUAAGGCGUACGCAGGUAGACCCUUCGAUCGGGCUUUAUCGACCGGGGAGAUCUGCAUCGGCAUCUCCAGUGGCGAGAUAAUGGCUGGAGUGGUUGGCGCUUCCCAACCGCACUACGACAUCUGGGGAAAUCCGGUCAAUAUGGCCUCUCGGAUGGAGUCGACGGGGCUGCCUGGACACAUCCAGGUGACGGAGGAGUCCGCCAAAGUUCUCGAGGAGUUCGACAUUAUGUGCUUUUACCGCGGCUUAACCUUUGUGAAGGGCCGUGGAGAAAUACCAACCUACUUUGUGGGCAUCGAUGAUAAUUUACAGUUCAUUUCCAGGAGGAGCUACCUACCUUCUUUAAGUCACUCGCGAGAUAGCGUAUCUAUUUAGUACGAUGAAAAAGAAAAAAUUUAAGUCUCUUAAUAAGAAAUACGUAUCUAGAUUUCAUUUUGCAAGAUCGUAUCGUCAAUUUGAAGUUUCUAUAUGUAGGAUGGACGAAUUGAGAUACGGGACUUUACAAAAUGAAUUCAAGAAACGUAUCUCUUUCU